UUGGAGGGUUAUGUGCAAGGUUCCAUGCUACACUUGUUUAUUAUAAUAUUAAGUUUAAAUAAUUCAAAAUGAGUGCGGAAGGUCAAAAUUUUCAGCCUAACGAUAUUUUUCUACAACAACUCACCUCCAUGGGUAUACCCAGGGCGGCUGCAGAAGAGGCCCUAUUUUGUACAGGCAAUAAAUCUUUAGAUGAGGCCAUCAAUUAUGUGUUCAGUGAUGAUAAUGACCCUUUAGAUUUAUGCCCUUUACCGACAAAAACUCAAAAUGUUCAGGAACAUCAAGUGGAUCAGCAAGAUCAUAUUUCUUCAGAUGAUGAUGAAAGUAAUUAUUAUAAAAUGACUUUUGUGGUUAAUCAUUCCUUGAAAAUGGGCAUUGGCAAAAUAGCUGCACAGGUAGCUCAUGCUUGCUUGGCACUUUAUAGAGAAAUGAUGGAACAGAAUAUGGAAGAUUUAAUACAAAAUUGGGAGGCUAUUGGAGAGAAAAAGAUAGUCCUAAAAGGAGAUGACACAGACCACUUAGUAAAUCUUUAUGAAAAAGCAAAAUCUCACAAUAUUGUUUGCCAUUUAGUUCACGACGCUGGACAUACACAGAUAGCUCCCGGUUCAGCAACAGUUUUAGGAAUUUUUGGGUUAGAAGACGAUGUAGAUAAAAUAGCUGGAAAGCUUAAGUUAUUGUAAAAAGAUACUUUUUAAUCAAUAAUAAUGACCUAUUUAAUUUUUAUAUGUAAGUAUUAGUUUUGUUAUUUAUUUUUAACAUUUAACGAAAUGUUUUUUAUAUGUAAAUUAUUUAGUCUGUUAGGUAAACAAACCAAACAAUGUAUUUUAACCAAAUUAUUAAUUGGAAUUUAUUUAUUCGCAGCUUAUUGGUUUUUAAUCUAGUUGACACUUAGUACCUAUGCAUUUAAAUAAAAUGUUCAUCAA